AUGUGCCCCCCCCAUCCGCGCGCCCCACCUUCCCCCCUCCCUCCCCACCCUUUUCCUCCCCCUCUCCCCUUCCCCCCCAGGCUGCACCCCAUGCCGCGCAUCUUCCCCUUCCUCUGCCAAUGCGAGGACGAGCACGGCGUGCUGGAUGAGGGUAUUGCGCGCUGCCAGCUCGCCAGCGACUUCCUCAUAGCACUGGCCUAUUUCUCCAUCCCUCUCGAGCUCCUCUAUUUCUUCCUGCGAGCCAAGGUCUUCCCCCACCGUUGGGUGCUGCUGCAGUUCGGCCUCUUCAUUGUGCUCUGUGGUUUGACCCACCUGGUCAACAUGUGGACGUACGGCCCCCACCCCAGCGCAGUGGCAGUGCUACAAACCGUGCUCAAAGUGCUCUGCGCGGCUGUCUCCUGUGCCACGGCCUUCCUGCUCGUCACCAUCAUCCCCGCGCUCCUCAACGUCAAGGUCCGCGAGUUGUUCCUGCAGCACAAGGCAGCACAAUUAGACAGGGAGAUGGACGUGAUGAGGCGCAAGGAGGAGGUGGGGCGGCACGUGCGCAUGCUGACAUACGAGAUCCGGCAGUCACUGGACCGACACACCAUCCUCAACACGACACUAGUGGAGCUUGCUCAGGCUUUGAUGCUCGAGAACUGCACUAUUUGGAUGCCGCAUCCUUCUGGUUCGCAUCUGGAGUUAACACACGAGUUGGAGCGGCGGCUAGUGCAAGCCCCAGUCCUCGUCCCUCUCUCCGACCCCACGGUCCAGUCCCUCAUCCACACGCCCCGCGCCCUCCGCAUCUCCCCCACCUCCUUUAUCGGUCGUGCCUCCGCCUCCCAUACCGCGCACAGCACCUCUCUCGCUGCAGUGCGCCUGCCCAUCCUGCCCCUUGAAGCAAUGGCUGAUGCUGCUGCUGCCGCCGAUGCUGCUGCUGCAGCGGCGGCGGCAGCGGUGGCGGCUGCGGGUGUGGGUGCGGGUGGGGUGGAAGCAGCUGGCGAGGAUGUGGAUGGAAGUGGGGGAGAAAGGAGUCCGCUGCUUCGGAAUGGUGGUGGUGAUGGUGGUAAUGCAGCAGGAGGAGGGGAGGGUGGGAGUGGCGGGGGAGGCGAGGAGAGGGUGGGGGGUGUGGCGCCGGUGUAUGGGCUCAUGGUGCUCGUGCUGCAUGGGGAUGCUAGAAGGCAGUGGAAGGCGCACGAGGUGGAGAUGGUGGAGGUGGUAGCAGACCAAGUAGCAGUGGCUCUCUCGCAUGCAGCGGUGCUGGAGGAGACGCAGCGGCGAAGGGACGAGUUGGAGGAGAAGAACCGAACGCUGCAGGCAGCAAGGCAGAGAGCAGAGAUGGCAGUGAUGGCAAGAAACGACUUCCUAGCAGUGAUGAACCAUGAGAUGCGCACUCCGCUGCACUCCAUCACUGCGCUUGCAUCGAUUCUCAAUGAGGAGGACCUGACCCCGGAGCAAGCGCCCAUGGUGGCAACUGUGCUGCGCAGUGCGUCCCUACUGACGUCACUCAUCACUGAUGUGUUGGACUUCAGCCGACAGGAGGAGAGCCUGCAUCUGGAGAAGCGCCCGUUUGACCUGCGGAAAUUAUGUCGGGAAGCAGGCAAGCUGGCGUGGCCGCUGGUGCGGUCCAAGGGUCUGCGCUUCUCCCUGGAGGUGGCGGGGGUGGUGCCUCGAUAUGUGGUGGGCGAUGAGAAGAGGCUGCUGCGACUCAUGCUGCAUCUGAUCGGGCGGGCCGUGAAGAAGACUGACGAGAGAGCGGCAUUAGGGGGGGGGGACGGGGCAGCAUCAACCGCAGGAAGUGGCGGGCUGGUGCGGUCCAAGGGCUUACGGUUCUCCCUGGAGGUGGCGGGGGUGGUGCCACGAUACGUGGUGGGCGAUGAGAAGCGGCUCUCACGCCUCAUGCUGCACCUCAUUGGACGGGCUGUGAAGAAGACUGAUGAGGUGAGCGGGAGCGAGGAGGGUCAGGGGAAGGGACUGGGGCAGCAGGGGAGGGAGGGGGCAGCAGGGGAGGGAGGGGGCAGCAGGGGAGGGAGGGGGCAGCAGGGGAGGGAGGGGGCAGCAGGGGAGGGAGGGGGCAGCAGGGGAGGGAGGGGGCAGCAGGGGAGGGAGGGGCGGCUGGUGAGGGAGGGGCGGCUGGUGAGGGAGGGGCGGCUGGUGAGGGAGGGGCGGCUGGUGAGGGAGGGGCUGCUGGUGCGGUCCAAGGGGAUGCGGUCCAAGGGGAUGCGGUCCAAGGGGAUGCGGUUAUCACUGGAGGUGGCGUGGGUGGUGCCGCGGUAUGUGGUGGCGUGUGUCAGUGGACGAUCGGCAGGCCCAACCACCCCACUCCUCCCAGUCCUCCUGUUCUGUGUCUCACUACCCCCCCUCCCUUCCCCCUCCCUUCCCCCUCACUUCCCCCUCACUUCCCCCUCCCUUCCCCCUCACUUCCCACACCGAAGCAGGGUUUUGUGUCGGUGCGCGUGUCAGUGGACGAUGGGCAGGCCCAACCACCCCACUCCUCCCAGUCCUCCUUCACUGCCGGUGAUGGCCCGGCUGCAUCUCGACUCCUACAAAAAUUGCAUCCCAAACACCCCUUCCACCCCCCAUUAUUCACCCCUGCAGCUGCUGCUGGGUCAAGAUCUGGUGAACAUCCGUGUGGAUAUCAAAGACUCGGGGCGUGGCCUGACCGCCAUGGAGUUUAAACAGCACGAGGCGCUGUUGCUGCAGCAGCAAAGAGCGAGUAAUGCGGAUGGGGAGAGUGGAACAGGAGAAGGAGGAAUAGGAGGAGAAGUGGGGGCAAGCGGAGCAGAGGGAGUAGGGGAGGAGAGGAAGGGAGGGACGAUGCUAGGGUUCGAGAUCUGCCAGAAGUUUCUAGUGGAGGACAAUGUGGCGAAUCGCAUCGCGACACAUCAGAUGCUGCUGACGCUGCGGUGCCACGUCAGCAGUGUGGGCAGUGCGCAGGAGUGCCAGAUGGAGCUGACCACGCGCAAGAGCCCCGCAAUCCCGCCGGUGGAUGUCGUGCUGCUGGAUGUCUGCAUGCCCGAUGUCGACGGCUUUGAAGUCGCCCGCCGCAUCCACUCCCUCUUCCGGCCCGACGAGCGGCCUUUGAUAGUGGGUCUCACUGCACGCACGGACAGCGGCAUGGCGGAGGCAUGUGUAGCAGCAGGCAUGGAUGCUGUAUUACUCAAACCAGUCACAGUCCGACAGCUGGCGGCCACCUUGUGCCAUGUGUUGAAUGGUGUGUGA